AUGGCAGCUUCUCACACCUCCCUUUUCCCUGUCUGUCUGGGAAGCAGGCUCAGGGCUGGGCCCUUCCUUUCCCUUUUUCCUGGGAAUCUUUUGUACAAAGACUGGGGCAGGCUUGAAGAGUGCCUGUUCCAUGCUUGCCUUUGCCGUGCCUGCAUCCCCAGCAUGGGUCCUGGGCCCUCCCCACCCCGCCGGGUCUCCCUCAGGGACACAGGGCCAAGGAGGGAGAGGCUCGGGAGAUGCAGCUCUGUCCAUGUUUCAGGGGAACAUUUCCAUUUGCCAAUUCCUAGUCCCACGAUCUGUCCCCAAAGGGGAACAAAGGGACUUCUGACAGCUCAGAUUAGCCCCAGUUCCUGCACAGCUCCAGGGAGAGGGGCAUCUGGUCUCACUGGUACUGUGAAAAUACCCAGCCAGGGAACAGGCACGUGCAUGAGGAUGUUAGAAGACUGGAAGGUGGACGUUCGCCUGCAGGUGCCAAAGAGAGCAGGCCGGCCAGGGAUGGGGGUAGUGCCAGACUCCAAAGGUCAGAUCAGGCUGCUCUGCCCCCACGCACUCUUGCUGUCUGCUGAAAGGGACGCAGAGCAUCUCUACCCCUUCUAUUGCCAAAUAGAAAAGGGCCAGGGCCUGGAGGAAGACAACCCUGAUCCUAAACCUGUCCUCCCAGGCCUCUGGCACUGGGGAGGGCCUGUGUGUCUGUGUUAA